CCUGGUUUUGUGUGGACGCAGGAGCGAAGGCGUCGAAGAAGGACAGGUCCGAGGGCGCGACGUUUCCGACGUUGGGAGUCAGCGCUGCGGGUCCCGCUUCGGGGAAUGACGACUUGCUGAGCUGCAGACGGAAAACAAAAGAAAAAGCAGAUAUUCCAAGUGAGUUCUUAUGACUUUCACAGGUGCAUUCCUCUGAGUUUACGUGUUCGUGAUGAUUCCUUGGACGUUGGAAGUGUUUUUGCCCUUCUUAAUGCAAUGGAAAACACUUUAAGAAGCCUGAGUGCUGGUAUUCCCAUUACACUAAACAGAUAAUGUCCCUUCUACACACACACACACACACACACACAUUACACUGUUUGAUAUGUCUGUCUGGAAUAAACCUUGACUUUUAGGCACACUUCCAAUGGAACUACAUGCUGACAGUGGGGUCACACAAAAAACAGCAAGGUCAGCAGAACUCUUGAGGAAUGAACAUCCUGUUGAGAUUUCACUUUAUCAGGCAGGCAGGCAGCCAGCUUUGUUGCAAGUAGGGAUGGACAAUAUGACCUAAAAUGUAUGUUCCCAUAUAUAUCUUUCGGUGCCUUUAGCACCGAAAGACAGCCGGUGUUUUUUUGUUUGUUGUGAAGCUUUAACACAGAGCGGUCAAGCGAACAUGUUUCUCUACGUCAACCAGCAAGUUUUUGGAUGGAAAAAUUGUGAUGUUAAGUCGGCUCUUACCGGAGACUUCAGUGGAUUAUGGGACCUCCUCCUGCAGUCCUAAAAGGCACCUGUGAUCUUGGCUCCUCGGCUUCUCUCAGAGACACUGGCGUUCACCGCAGCCAUCCGACUUUCAGGUAUGACUUUACAAUCUCACUAAAACACUAUUAAAACAAUAAUCAAAUAAGGGAUCUUCCAGAAUUAUCCUAGUAAAUGUGUCUAAUUACAUCUGAAACGGUCCCACUGCCGCCGCCUGUAGCUGUCGCCUUUUCUUUUUUUCCCUAGUACUUCACUCUAAACAUCCUCAUCCACGACUCUUUCAUCCUCGCUCAAAUUAAUGUGGAAAUUGUCGCUUUCUCAGUCCGAAUCGCUCUCGCUGCUGGUGGCCAUUAUUGUAAACAAUGUGAGGAUGUGAGGAGCUCUCAACCCAUGACGUCGCGCGCACAUCGUCUGCUACUUCCGGUACAGGCAAGGCUUUUUUUAUUAGCGACCAAGAGUUGCAAACUUUGUCGUCGAUGUUCGCUAAUAAAUCCUUUCAGCAAAAAUAUGGCAAUUUCGCAAAAUGAUCAUGUAUGACACGUAGAAUGGAACUGCUAUCCCCGUUUAAAUAAGAACAUCUCAUUUCAGUAGGCCUUUAAUACAGGCAUUAUUAGACAUAUUGCAUGUUUGGUUUAGGAGUUAUGCUUGAAUAAUUUUUGUGUUGCUUUUUUCUCAUUAUCUAAGGAUUCUGAGAACAUUACUGUACUAUUGAAUAAAAAAAACAUUUUUUUGUGUUUGCAAACCUUACAAAAGCAAAUUUUUCUACUAAAACCCAUCUAUAUACAAUAAUACAGGCAUUAUUAGACAUAUUGCAUGUUUGGUUUUGGAGUUAUGCUUGAAUAAUUUUUGUAUUACUUUUUUCGAAUGAUCUCAUUAUUCUAAGAACAUCACUGUCAUAUUGAAUAAAAAAACGUUUUUUGUGUUUGCAAACCUUACAAAAGCACAUGUUUCUAGUAAAACUCACAAAUAUACAUUAAUACAGGCAUUAUUAGAAAUGUUUGGUUUAGGAGUGAUGCUUGAAUAUGUUUUUAUUGCUUUUUUCGUAUUAUAUCAGGAGUCUAAGAACAUUACUGUCAUAUUGAAUAAAAAAACACAUUUUUGUGUUUGCAAACCUUACAAAAGCACACGUUUCUAGUACAAACUCAAAGAUACAUUAUAAGACAUUGCAUGUUUGGUUUUGGAAUUAUGCUUGAAUAAUUUUUGUAUUACUUUUUUCGAAUGAUCUCAUUAUUCUAAGAACAUUACUGUCAUAUUGAAUAAAAAAACACAUUUUUGUGUUUGCAAACCUUACAAAAGCACACGUUUCUAGUACAAACUCAAAGAUACAUUAUAAGACAUUGCAUGUUUGGUUUUGGAAUUAUGCUUGAAUAAUUUUUGUAUUACUUUUUUCGAAUGAUCUCAUUAUUCUAAGAACAUUACUGUCAUAUUGAAUAAAAAACAGUUUUUUGUGUUUGCAAACCUUACAAAAGCACAUGUUUCUAGUAAAACUAACAAAUAUACAUUAAUACAUGCAUUAUUAGACAUAUUGCAUGUUUGGUUUAGGAGUUAUGCUUAAAUAAUUUUAUUGCUUUAUUCAAAUUAUCUCAGGAUUCAAGAACAUUACUGUCAUAUUGAAUAAAAAAAUGUUUGCAAACCUUACAAAAGCACAUGUUUCUAGUAAAACUCAGAAGUAUACAAUAAUACAGGCAUUAUUAGAAAUGUUUGGUUUAGGAGUGAUGCUUAAAUAUGUUUUUAUUGCUUUUUUGUAUUAUCUCAGGAGUCUAAGAACAUUACUGUCAUAUUGAAUAAAAAAAACACAUUUUUGUGUUUGCAAACCUUACAAAAGCACACGUUUCUAGUACAAACUCAAAGAUACAUUAUUAGACAUUGCAUGUUUGGUUUAGGAGUUAUGCUAGAAACCACAGAGGCGAGGAUUAGUGGCUUAGAAGUGGUUUUGCACUGUGGAGGUACAUUAGCCGCUAGCGAGGACGCUGUUGUUUGCUUGUCACUGUCAAUUUGCAUUAACGUGUCAGUAAACAUGCAUUAUCAUGAAUGAUUUAACGAUCGUAUAAAGAGCCAAUUGCGGAGGGGGGCGUGGCCUGCUGCGGAAUGAGGUGUUGCCAGGACCGGCCUUGAAGACAGUGACAGGUGUGUAGAUGGCCCGGGUGGGCCUUGUUAUCUGAUCACCUAUCACCUUUAUUAGAAGCAGCCGUGAUGAGACGAGUAGUCGGGGUUGAAGAUGCUGCUGAGCGGACGCGGCAGACAAAAAGACACUUGGCUGAAAAGCAAAAUCCUCUGCGCCUUUUUAUGAAAAUAAAAUAGUGUUAUACCCUGAAAUUCCUAGCUCUCCUGGCAGUGUGUGGUGGUCUGAAGAUCCCACUAGAGGGCAACCUCCACACCGAUUUAUAUCGUUUGUAUCGCACUUGCUAUUUGUAUGUGUGUGUGUGUUACUCUUACCUCUAUGUAAUCCUCCGGCACCAGUCCAAUUUCUCCUCUGGAGUUCUGUGCUUCAAUCCAGCCCCCGCCGACAUUCUGCAACACAAACCAGACGUAUUGGCCUACGGUAUAUAUGACAGUAUGUGCCAUCAACAUGCCGGGGACCAUCUCUUCGUAAAGAAACACAACCAGGGCUCCCACUACUUCAGCGUUAUGACUAUAAUUACUGGAAGGGCGAGAGUAUGCAUACCUGCCGCAACCCCAGUCAGGACCUGGAGGGGCUCUGACAGGCAGCCUUCAUGGAGGACACGACACUGCAUCCCCGGUCUCUUGCUGUCGUGCGGGUUCUCAUGACCACCAAGGAAGGACAUUGUUGCGCAGCAGCGGUGAUGGUGAUGAUGAUGAUGAUGAUGGCAUGAAACAGGGAGGGAUCUGGCACGUCUUGUGUCACAUGACCUCCAUCAAUAGCACUGCAGGAGCGGAGGGCUCCGAUCCUGACCUGCCCUUCAUGGAAUACCUGGACGACAACGACAUGGUCUGCCUGAAGUGGGGAUUCUCCGACCUGCAGAGACAAAUCACCAUCAAGUUCAUCGUCAAAACCACCGGCUGGAUCGGCUUGGGCUUGAGUCCCAACAAAGACAUGCAAGGCGCAGAUCUCGUCAUGGGAGGAGUGGAUUCCAACAGAACCUACUUCAAAGAUUAUUAUUCGGCGACAAACACCAUGCCUGAAGUGGACCAGGUGCAGAGCUACACACUUCUGUCCCUCACCGAGAGCCAGGGCGAAACCGUCAUGACUUUUACCCGGGCCUUCCAGACGUGCGACAACCAAGACCUCCAGAUCACGGACAAACCCAUCUACCUGAUAUAUGCUUAUGGAACCACAGAUGAGAUUAACUUCCAUGGAGCACAGGCCGGCGCCAAGGAAAUCAACCUACUGAAUCACGCGCCCAAAGUCACCGCGGCAAAUGGAAACUAUAUGAGUGUCACGGUGCAAAAUCUCGCCCUUCCUGCAAAGGACACGUAUUACCACUGCAAAGUCAUGCAGCUUCCACCUUUGAGCACAAAGCAUCAUAUAUAUCAGGUUCAGCCCGUGAUUGAGCACGCUGACUUGGUUCAUCACAUACUGUUCUACGCUUGCCCGGCCAAUGUAAAAACUCCCUAUGACGGCGACUGCAACUGGCAAAACAUCGGCCACUCCUGCACGGCGGUAAUGGCAGGAUGGGCUGUAGGAGGAGGGGUCUUUGAGCUCCCAGAAAAUACUGGCAUCCCCGUUGGAGGUGCAGAUAACGGUGCAUUUUUUAUGCUGCAAAUCCAUUACAACAACCCUUACAAUGAAUCAGGCAGGACUGACAGCUCAGGUCUGAGACUGGUCCACACAGACCAACUGCGGAAGUAUGACGUCGGCAUCUUGACCACAGGCGUGUUGCCAUAUGCCUCCGCCGACUACAACAUCCCUCCUCACGCUGCUAAAUUCCGCACCUACGGCGUGUGUAACACCAGCCUCUUUUCUGAGAUCAUAGAUCCUGUGCCGGACCUGAAGGUGUUUGCCGUGAUGUUGCAUACUCACCUGGCUGGGAGGGCAGUCAGAGUUGGACAUUUCAGAAAUGGAAGGCAAAUAGGCUUCCUGGGCAUGGAACCUGACUAUGACUUCAACUUGCAGCAUAUCACCUUUUUGGGAAGCAUCAAGACCAUCAAGAAGGGAGAUGAAAUAGUGGUGGAGUGCAGCUACAACACUGCUGAUAGGACAGGAGUCACACGGAUGGGAGGAUCCACCAUGGAUGAAAUGUGCCUGGCCUUCCUCUUCUUCUACCCGCGCAUCAGCAUCACCACAUGUCUCAGCCAGCCCAACACCUCUCAUCUCCAAUUCCCCGACGGACUCCAAAACCAAACGGAGAUCACAGAAUAUGAGAGUGCGGUAAAGAACCUGCCACACAUCCAGUUCGCCUUCAGCAACUCUGAUUUUAUGUAUUACCCGUUUGGCCAAGUGAGGGAUGUGAUGGAGGCGCCAACUGUCCCCUGUGAGACCAACGCCGCCAAUCAUAAGUAUCGUCAAGCAUCACUUUUUAUCGUGCUUGUGUGGAUUAUUCUCAUGUAAAUCAAUCUCAACAUCUCUAUUUUAGUUGCAUUCUUCGUGCAAGUUUCAGUAGCUAUGCCAAACUAUAAAUCAUGCAAUCAUAUGUUUAUCAUUACUGCUGAAUAAUUGCAGUACCUUUUCCUUUAGUUGCUUGCAUUUUACCAUGAUUUUACCUGAUUUUGUCAUUUUUUUAUGUUCAUCAUAUGCACUUACUACUAUUUCAAUAAAAAAUGCUUCCUCCUGAGAUUCAGAGGGCCACAGGUAAAA